UGAUAUCAUCAUUCAAUGAAGAUGGACACCGCAAAGACUGUCGCAGACGAGCUGAACCGUGGAUGUUACGCCGAAAGUGUUUUGAAGUACUUCUUUGACAAUUCGGAUGCUUAUGAACAAGGGCUCACUGAUUCUGAAGACGAUCUGAGCGACGAUGAAAGUGACAUGAUACGACUGAAUAAUAUCCCUAAUCUACAACUGAGCGAAGAUGAAGACGAAGACGAGGAAGAAUGUAUCGGGCUGGCGUCAAAUGAGUUGGACCCUAAGAUAUCAGAGGCUAUAUCGGUUGUAACAUUUGAAGGUGAUGAAGACAGAGAAAUGUUGAAAAUCCGAAACUUUGACUGUAAAUGCUUCACGAGGAAAAAGGAGAACUCUCUGCAUGGGAGACAGUCAUGUAGCCAGAAGCUUUCUCCAGACAUUAUGUACAACAUACGGCUGGAUUCUUUAGCUGCGGAAAAAGAGUGGCAGGACAUGCGAAUUAUUGGACAUUUAGAGGCAAAUAGACGCACAGUGCAAAGUUCGGAAAUGAUAACAUCCACAAAGAAGACACCGACAAAAAGAAGGUGUGCCCGAACGACUUAUUUCAUUGGAGGGAACGAGAUCUGCAAGAAUACUUUUCUGUUUCUUAUGGGCAUUGGGAGAGACACCCUGGCUGAUAUAGUCAAACACUAUGAGGAGAAUGGGGCAAGACCACGUUUGAGGAAGAAGCAUUCACUGCCACGUCCACCAGUCAGGUUCAUCAGCCCUGAGGACAUCAACAGAGUUGUGGACUUCAUAAAAAACUAUGCAGAAGACAAUGCCAUCUUGCUGCCUGGCCGACAGCCUGGGCAUAAGGACUGGCAUGUGAAGUUGCUGCCAACUCAUGUGUCCAAGGCUUCAGUGUGGCGUCUCUAUGUGAAGUCUGCUAAGGAACUUGGUGAGCGUGCUGUUUGUAAAACCAGCUUCAAAGCACUGUGGAACCGACUUCUCCCACACAUCAAAAGUUGCCGGCCGCGCACAGAUCUUUGCUGGCAGUGCCAAAGCAAUAACGAGCAGCUGAUACGAAGUGCAAACCUCCUAGAUGAAAGAAAGUCUGAAGCAGUAAAGAAGCAACAAGAUCAUCUUUCCCUUGUACAGAAAGAGAGGGCUGUAUACAACGAUUUGAAUGCUGCCUGCAGAAAAAUUUGCUCUGUCUCUAACCUGUCUUUUGGACCGUCCCUACCAGCUAGCAAGAAGAUUAGGAUGCAUUACAGUUUUGAUUUUGCUCAGCAGUUACACUUUCCCUCAAACCCUCUCCAGCCAGGACCAAUGUACUUCCUGACUGUCAGGGCUGAAGAAAGCAGGCAAAUGGAUCCCAGUGCGGAUAACAGAUAA